AUGGCGGCCAUCCCCGACUACGUGUCUGGGGCCACAGAGCACUGGGGCAUCAUCACCUACAGGGAGACGAGCAUCUUCUACAACCCCACCAAGAGUUCCGAGACCAACAAGCAGAGAGUCUGCUCUGUCGUGGCGCAUGAACUCGCGCACCAGUGGUUUGGCAACCUCGUCACCCUGAAGUGGUGGGACGACCUGUGGCUCAACGAAGGCUUUGCCUCGUACAUCGAGACCAAAGGCGUGGACCAUGUCGAGACAGGCUGGGAUAUGGGCUCUCAAUUCGUGACAGAUUCGCUGCAGUCAGUAUUCGACCUCGACUCCAAACUCAGUUCUCAUGCCAUUGUCCAGAGUGUGACCACUCCUGACCAGAUCACCGCCAUGUUUGACUCCAUAUCCUACGACAAGGGCUCGUCGGUGCUGCGGAUGCUGGAAGGCUUCGUAGGCACGCCGGUGUUCCAGGCGGGCAUCAACAGCUUCCUGAAGCGCUUCGCGUACCAGAACGCCGUCACCGCGCAGCUCUGGGAGGAGCUCACCAAGGCCUGGCAGGCUUCCGGUGUUCAAGACGGUGACGUGGGUGAGAUCAUGAGCACUACUACCUAUGUACAACUAUUACCUAUACACAACUAUUACCUAUAUACAACUAUUACCAUUACCGUGUCCAGCCCUGCUGACUCGCCCCACGGUUACCGCUGGCACGUCCCCGUCAGCCUCGUCACGUCCCAAGCUCCUGACAACGCCUCCCUCACCUGGCUGUACAAGACCAACGACUCUGUUUCAAUUCCCCUGCCCGCCGGGGCCACUUGGUUCAAGCUAAACUUCGAGCAGCAAGGCUACUACAGAGUCAACUAUGACCUCGACACUUGGGCGUCUAUGAGACAACUAUGCAUAGACAAGAGCGUGGGCCCCGCGGACAGGUCAAGCCUGGUUGACGACGCGCUGGCGUUGGCCGACGCUGCGCUCCUGCCCUACGCCAGCGCCCUCGACCUCUGCACCGCCCUUAACAACGAGACGCAUCUCGUGCCCUGGAAAACUGCUACUAACAGGUCACUUUAUCUGCUUAAACAACUGACUAAUCCCGGAUCGCAGUCCGUUUCAGGCUGGCAGGAUGAGGGCGACCAUCUGCAGCAGUUGCUGCGAGUUGAGAUCGUGUACCUGGCGUGCGUCGCGGGACUGGAGUCUUGUCUUCAGGAGUCCGCACGCCUCCUGCAGCUGUACGCCCAGUUUGAAAACUAUCCUCUGCCUCUCUCCACCAAACGGCAGGUACUGCGACAAGGCAUGGUGGAGGGCGGCACAGAGGAGGUGUGGAACGCCGUGUGGCAGCGCUGCUCCGCCACGCAGGACGCCACAGAGAAGGACAACUGCCUCUACGGCCUCGCUAACUCCCAGGACGUCGCCACGCUUUCCAAUUUCAUCACAAUGGCACAAGAUCCUAACCUCGUAAGGACGCAGGACUUCCUCCACGUGCUCGAGUACAUCUCCUACAAUCCUGCGGGCACCGACCUCGUCUGGGACUGGGUCAGGGCCAACUGGGACUGGCUUGUAGCCCGCUACACGCUCAACGACCGCUACCUCGGCCAGCUUAUUCCUAACAUCUCUCAGUACUUCGCCACGCAGCAGAAACUUGACGAGAUGGAAGAAUUCUUCGCUGCGAACCCCGAGGCUGGGGCGGGAGAGCAGUACCGGCAGCAGGCGCUGGAGACCGUCCAGACCAACAUCAGAUGGGUGGCCGCCAACGCUCAGCAGAUCGACGACUGGCUUACCGCACAUGCUCCUAAACCUGCUGCUCUCUGAUUGGCUCCUGCCAUCGUCUGCUGUCCAGUGAUUGGUUCUUACCAUCUUCUGCUGUCCUGUGAUUGGUUCCUACCAUCGUCUGCUGUCCAGUGAUUGGCUCCUGCCGUCGUCUGCUGUCCUGUGAUUUGUUCUUACCAUCGUCUGCUGCUCUGUGAUUGGUUCCUACCAUCGUCUGCUGUCUUGUGAUUGGUCCCUAUCAUCGUCUGCUGUCCAGUGAUUGGUCCCUAUCAUCGUCUGCUGUCCAGUGAUUGGUUCCUAUCAUCGUCUGCUGUCCAGUGAUUGGUACCUAAUCGUCUGCUGUCCAGUGAUUGGUUCCUACCAUCGUCUGCUGCCCAGUGAUUGGUUCCUACCAUCGUCUGCUGCCCAGUGAUUGGUUCCUACCGUCGUCUGCUGCCCAGUGAUUGGUUCCUACCAUCGUCUGCUGCCCAGUGAUUCCUGCUUCGGACUACAGAAGUAGGAACAAAUUUAUAUCAACAAUUAUUUGUCAUUUCAGUAUUGGGAUUCGGACUGACUCUUUGGUAUACAAUUUUGACGGGAAGUAUAGAGUAUCCUCGUUGACAAUUCUUGUUUAAAGGUGCAAUCUAAUGGAAAAAUUACAUUUGUAUUGAAAUUUGUUUUCCUUCUCCUAAGUGUUGGGCAUCAUUGCAUGUGCAUGACGUAACAACUAAUCUCUAGUUCCAUUAAUGAUAUGAUUGUUAUUCUGAGGUUUAUUAAAGAUUGUUAUUGAUUAGUUUGUUAGCAAUAGACUCUGCUUAUGGAGAAACGCUACUGAAUUUUAGAUUCCAAGUUAAGGUUUACAGGAUUAUUCCUAUAACUAUCGGUACUCAUGUUACUCGGUAAAACUGCUCUUUUGGGGAUAAUGCUCGCUUAUUCAAAGCUCAUCGUGUUUAUCGCGCUUGCAUUGAAGCCAUAACUAUUGAUGUUACAAUUAAAACGGUUAAACUGGCUCCAUUGACCGCUUU